UGCGACAUACACACAUCUCCAGCUGUGUUGUUGUUUGUCUGUCUCUGUCUGCGUUUUUGUUUAACAAAAGCAUUGUUCGCGCGCGCAAUGCUGAAAAAAGGAACUGCAUGAAGUAGAUGAAACGAAAAUCAACAAAAAAUGUAGUUAAAGCUAUUGAGCAAUUAUUUAGAGGAAUGCUGCGCAACACGGUGCUACAGUAUUGUUGUUAUCGUUGUAAUUAGCAAACACAGAAUCACAGCAACCAAAAGAAAAAGCAUAAAGCAUCGUAAAUGUCAAAAUUUGUAUGUCUUAAAACGAGUACACAUUAAAACUGAAACGGGCUUAAGUAGAACGACUGCAAAUUAGGUGAGUGAUUGUGCAAGAGAACUUAAAGACCAAGCAACGACAGACGCAAUAGCAAAAGCAGCGCCUCCGCCACCGCCAGAAGCAAAACAGCGUCACAAAGGACGCUCAAAACUUUCAAUAUGAUCAGCAGCUUGUUUUCACGGCUAAUAAUAUUGUUCUUCGGCACUCUAUAUCCGGCCUAUGCCUCCUACAAGGCGGUGCGUACAAAGAAUGUCAAGGAAUAUGUCAAGUGGAUGAUGUACUGGAUUGUCUUUGCAUUUUUCACAUGCAUUGAAACAUUUACGGACAUAUUUUUAUCAUGGUUCCCUUUCUACUAUGAGGUCAAGGUGGUAAUUGUCUUGUGGCUGCUAUCGCCAGCCACAAAGGGUAGCUCCACUUUGUAUCGCAAAUUCGUGCAUCCCAUGCUGACACGACGUGAACAGGAAAUCGAUGAGUAUUUGAAUCAGGCACGCGAGCGUGGCUAUUCAGCGGUUCUGCAGUUGGGAUCAAAGGGUGUUAACUAUGCCACAAACGUCAUCAUGCAGACUGCCAUAAAGGGCGGUGGCAAUCUGGUGCAGACCAUCAAGCGUAGCUACAGCCUGAGCGAUCUCAGUGAACCCGAUGUUCAUCGGACCCAGGACGAGCUCGACGAGGUCAUGAUGACAUCGACUUCAUCGGUGAUGAUGCGCCCACAGCCAACGCGUCUUUUGAGGCAGCGCCAUCAGACGCCCGUGGGCCGCUCAGCCAGCGGCACACGCCACUCCACGGGCAUGUACUUCACAGAGGUGGACGUUAGCUCCAGCUCAGCGGCGUCGGGCAAGCAUGCUGGCGAUUUCAACUACAACAUACGCAGCACGGAUGACAUCAGCUCAGGCUACUCCAGCGCCGAGCCGGUUAGCGCUCCACUCGGCACCGGACUGAGCCGCACCUCAUCCAUGACAAAUGCUUCCAAGGCGCGUGUGAAGUCAAAACGUAACGAGCAAAUGCUGGAAGAAAUGCGAUCUGAGGUGUAUUUGGAAAAUGAACGUUACUUUGAAAUGAUGAGAGCACAGCAAUCCAAAGAAGUUCAGAGACAAACGCAUUUGAAGAUUGUGGAGAGCGAAGAAGAGAAUGACAAAUCCAAUGAGCAGCAAGAGGAAGCGGAAGCAGAUGAGGAUAGCUUCUAUGAGGCUAUGGAUGUGGUGGAGAGCACAGAGACAGCUGACAAGGAACUGCCAAUGGGCAUGCAUGACGAGGCAGCAAAUGAAGAGCAAAUGGUAACGGAGCAGCUCAACGAUACUGAAGAUUGCUUUAAGGAAGCCCUUAAUGAAGCUCCCAGUGUAAAGGAAAUCAAUUUGGGCGCCUAUCAAAGUAAAUCCAUGGAUACAGAAGACUACAAAGCACUUGUGGAUCCCUUUUUAUUGGUGGUCACCGAAUCUAGCCUUGAUACUGCCGCUGAGACAGCAGAUUCAAGUGGAGCGCAGCCUGUUUCGCCUCGCGAAUUGCUGGCCACGCUGGAGGAGAUCAAGCACAGUUUCCGUGCCCAGCUGGAACCGGAGACCUCCCCGCUGCGACCCAAGGCUCAACAUGCCAAAGGGCGUGCACCAGCGCCGCCUUUGCCGCCACGCAAGGAGUCCCGUGCAGUGGACAGCGUCAGCCUCCAAUCCACGCAGUCGCAGUCUCAAUUGGAGCGCAGCAAGUCCUCAGGUAUCGGCCAUCUAUUCAAAAGUAUCAAAGAUAAUGUGCUGCGCAAGGCUAAUCAGCAAGCCGAUGAGGAGCCCAGCGUCAGCCGCGCCUCAGCUAAAGAAACGUCCAUUUGAUGACAAGUCCAUGUCCGCUAGCUGCACCACUUUGCCACGCAGCAGCAGCCGCAAGGACAAAUCUCUGCCAACGAAUGCC